UAAACAAAGUAAGAGAUCCAGACACUUGCACAUGUGUUGAGGGACUGAGACACUGACAGACAUGGCUGCAGCCAAAAGCAACACAAACCCAGCGAAAGCAUGCAACUUCGUGGGUCAAGAUCAGAUCUGGAAAGACCACGUGCAAAUGGAGAUGCAGGCUGCUAAUGCGUGGCCCAGCACCUGGGGAUUUAUAGCACAGGCUUACAAAGAGAUGGUGGAGGAUGACAUGCAGAUGAGGAAGAGCCGGGUUAAAGUGGAUCUUCCUCCGCACAUGCAGACACGAGUCCCCUCCCCUCCAGAGAAGUACAUCAAGGUGGACUCUUCCCCUAAACUCCCCCAGACAACACAGGGGUUCAUAGGCUGGAGGUCAGCUGUGCCCAGCCUGGGUCUGGAGCGCUUUGGGAAGGUUCACAAAGGCAGGACCAGCUUCCUUAAAGAAAUGAAAUGGCCAGCAGAGGCGAGCGAUUCCUAAUUCACCUGAAGAUCCUGUGUGAAAGCACUGGAGUUGAACGCUGGCAGUAACACAAAGCAGGAAUGCUGUGAAGUAGAACAGACUGAAAUAUCUGAAAACACGUCACUCUUCUGUUUGUGUGUUUGCACUUCUUUAUUUUGUUAUUUACAUUGUUGCUAUGAACGGAGGAGAAGGUUGUGAAGCUAAUUAGCUGUAAGAAAUAUUUUCCUUGCCUUGGGUAUCACACUAUUUAUACAAAAUAUCAACAAACUGAGGUAUGGAUUGUCACUUAUUACCCUGACCCUAACCCUAACCCUAACCCUAACCCUAACUGAGUUUAACAAGCUUUGAAUUGGAAAGGUCUGUUACAGUGCAUCUUUCCUGUACAUUGUGGACUCAUUGAAUUCUAGCUCAUCCCUCUGCCCCGGCACAGAAGCAGCAGCCUCCAAUGUUUCCCCUGGUUUCUCUGAGACACAGCAAUGUGUGCUGUCCCAGUCCUGAAGCUGUCAGCUCACAUUCACACUGCAGCUCCCAGCAUGUGCACAGGGCUGAGUCUCACUAACUUCGCCACUGAUUCGAAUGCACAUGAACAGCUUCACUGGCAUUUCCACUGACAUGCCAUUCGUGUGCUGCUCCCUGAGAUUUCUCAGGGGUACAGUGUCGCUUGUUUUCUAAAUUGUUUAAUCUACUGUUACAGAUUAGCAAAGGCUGUCCUUAAAGGCAUAAAGAAAAUAGAUAUUAAAAAAGCA